UUGUUAGUAGCAUGGUUCAUGGACCAUGCGGAAAACUCAAUCCCAAGGCACCAUGUAUGAUUAAUGAUGGAAUGGGACAAAAGCGAUGUGCAAAAAGAUAUCCUAAGCAAUUUCAAAGUGAAACAAUUUAG